GAAAAAAAAAACCAGUUUUCAUAAAGCACUCUCGCCGCUGACCUUCAACUUCCAAGUCACCAAUAAGAAGAAGCAAAGGGGUCUUCGCAAAGCCCAUUUACAAGGUACGUCUGCUUCUUCUCCCCCAAUGAUUCCUGCAAGGGAACAUUUCAUGUUAAUACAAUAUUGCCGCCCUGUUUCUCCAGCCUCUAUCCUGUCUGGCUGCUGCCAUUUUCUUUCCUAGAAAAACAUUUCUUAGCACCAGGAGAAAGUGGCUCAAGUGCUGAAAUUUUCCCACAUCAAGCCAUGUUCCUCUUUUGGAAUACCAUGUGGCAUUGCUUUGCAAACACAGCAUUCCCAUAUUCCUGAAGCUAUAAAGGGGGAGUUAACUGGAGACCACAGACACAACACAAAAACACAAAUAUCCUUCUUGAAUACCCCAAAACCGAAUACUAGGAGGAGUUCCCACAAAAUGGCUCAUCACCUUAUGAAACAUCUGGUUCUUCCGCUUCUCUUGAUCGUGUCGCUGAGUGUCAUCGUCUCCCAGGCGAGCAACUCGCCAUGCAAAGGGAAGCUGAGCCUCUGCAAGAACAUGGAAGCUGCCUGUGAGAAGUCGUGCCCUGGCCAGACCUGCACUGUUGAGUGCAACUCUUGCCAGCCCAUCUGCACUGGCGGCUCGGGCCGUUCACUUCUGGAGGACAGCAAGGGCGACAAGGAAGGGGACGAUAAAGAUAAAGACGGUGAAGGUGACAAAGACGGCAAGGGAGAGAAGGGUGAUGAUGAUAAAGAAAGCGACGAUGAGAAGAAAGGCAAAGGAGAAGAUGAUAAGGAAGGUGGUAAAGGAGAGAAGGGUGGAGAUGACAAAGGCAAAGGAGAUGAUGAUAAGGAAGGUGGCAAAGGAGAGAAGGGUGGAGAUGACAAAGGGAAAGGAGAUGAUGAUAAGGAAGGUGGAAAAGGUGAUCAUCAAAGCCCAUCACCAACACUGGUGCCUUCAACACCAACUCCCACUCCUACACCACCAACUCCUCCAACUGGAACACCACCGGCUUCUCCUCCCACUCCGUCAACUUCAUAUCCACCCAAAGGUAAUGUGCCAAAGAAAUCGAGGUGCAUGAACAAGAACUACAAUGCUUGCUACUACAGAGAGUUCCUCUGCCCCAGCAAUUGUCCAUAUGACUGCGUGGUCGAUUGCGUCACUUGCAGGCCUGUCUGCAGUAAGUUCCCUUAAACCACUACACUAUCACUUAUCUCUAACACUAUCUAUUCAAUUCAUAAAUUCUGCAACUUGUUGCCUAAUUUCACUACAUGAUCACAAGUUUUCGAUGUUACCUUAACUCUGACGUAUGCUUUCCGUCUGUACGUCAUCAAUGACAGGCUGCGACAAACCAGGUGCAGUGUGCCAGGACCCACGUUUCAUCGGCGGGGACGGGAUCACCUUCUACUUCCACGGCAAGAAGGACCGCGAUUUCUGCCUGGUCUCCGACGAAAACCUCCACAUCAACGCCCAUUUCAUCGGCAAGAGGAACCCCAAGAUGACCCGCGACUUCACCUGGGUCCAAUCCAUCGCCAUCUUCUUCGACAGCCACCGAAUCACCGUCGGAGCCCUGAAAACCACGACCUGGGACGAUUCGGUCGACCGCCUCUUCGUCACCUUCGACGGCGAGCCCUUACUCCUCCCGGAGAGACAAGGCGCCAGCUGGGAAUCCGGAGCCACCGCCACUUCCAGAACGUCCGUGACCCGGUCCGCCGACGCCAACAGCGUGGUAGUCGAGGUGGAAGGCAAGCUCAGAAUCGCGGCCAGGGUAGUGCCGAUUACGCAGGAGGAUUCGAGAAUCCACAACUACGGCGUGACUUCCAGCGAUUGCCUGGCGCAUCUGGAUCUAGGGUUUCGAUUCGACUCGCUGAGCGGCGUUGUGAAUGGGGUUUUGGGCCAGACGUACCGGGCCGGGUAUGUGAGCCCGGUGAGCGUCAGCGCCAAAAUGGCUGUGAUGGGCGGGGAGAGGGAGUUUGAGACUUCGAGCCUUUACGCGCCCGACUGCAAGGCGGCGAGGUUUGUUGGGUCCGGCGGCAGCGGCGCGGCGGAGAGGGUUUUCUUGCCGAGCUUGAAGUGCGAGAGCGGGAUUGAAGGGCGUGGAGUCGUUUGCAAGAGAUAA